AUGAGUAAUGAUGCGUCCCAGGAGGACGGAGCUCAACCUUCGCAACAGUAUACCGCUAAGCCCUGGCCAAUAAUACCGCCAAAUCCCUAUAUACAGCUCCCUUAUAACGGAACUCAAGCUCAGUGGCAAUACCUCGUGAGUCCCCAGCAAGCUCUACCUCAGUCGUCUCCUCUGCAGGCUGCACAGAGCAAUCACCAAAGUCAAGAUCUGCAACAGCCGCAACAGUCUCACGCCGAGCCAACCCCUAAUAAUUAUACUCAAACUUCAUCAUAUCAGCAGCCACCAUAUAGUUCUAGCCCACAGCUUCUCUGUGACUCGUCUCAACCUGACAUGACGCCUGCGGAGGAUCCUAGCACGCCGGCAAGCUCGAUAAGACAGCAGAGUCUCGAUACUACCCAGCCUCAACCUCAGGAACAUCUGAGAAGGAAUGAAUUCGGCAUCUCACUUGAUUCGCCUCGGCCUAAUAUAACAUCAGCGGAGAAUCCUAGCACACGGACAAGAUCGAUAGGACAGCAGAACCCCGGUGCUUCUCAGCCUCAACAUGAGGAACAUUCGACGACGGAUUGGUUGGACUUUUCACAGUAUUCGCCCCUCACUCGGGUCCUAGAUCAUCCGGACUACAAUCCAGCGUCUCAUGCUAAGAACAGCAAUGAGCAAUCUCUUGAUGAUAAUGGUAUUGAUCUGACGGAUUGA